GUCCAUCUGUAAUUCCUACCCCGCUACUCCCGUCUGGUCUACUUCCCCCUUCCCUAACUCCCUCCUGACUCCCGAUGCUUCUGGUAGACUCGCCAUGCAGAUGGAUCUUCAAUGGCGGAACAAGGUUACGAUCUUGGUCACCGGAUAGAACCCGCCGCCUCGAUUAAACAUGGACUCUGAGCGUCGCCGCCGGAGGAAAAGUGGAACCCUAGAUCGCCUAGGGGAAAAACCGCAAAAAACUAGCCGGACUCACGAGGAAAGUUGUGGGCUGAAUCCUAGCAGCCCGUGUAGGCAGCGGAGGGCCGAAGUCAGCCCAACUACCGGUCGGGCUGAAAAGAAAAUACCGCAGCCGUUGGGGAAUUUUAUCCGCGGCUAGUUCCCUGCCGACGGCGACUUUUGUCAUCCAUCCAUCGCCCACCUCCGAGUUUCUAACCGCAACUCCGACGGCCAGCGACCAGAUAAAAACCAGCUUCACCGCCGCCCGCCGGCGGAAACUCCCAUAUGGACUACUACCAGGCCUUCCAGAGCCCCGCGGCUGGAGAAGCCAAGGUAAACUCCCCGGACGGGCGCUCCCCAGCUCGUCGCCGCACGCAACGUGUUCGACGGAUUGACUCUUCCACACGCAGUUUCACCGCGAACGCAGCCGUUGCUUGGCUUGCCAUCGCGGCGCUCCUCUUCCCGAAACAACGAGGAAACAGGACCGCGGGGAGUGGUUUUCGCCCCCCGCACUCGGUUUCGGCUUGGAAGAGUAUGCCAUCCACAAGUUUCCUUCUCGAAUGAUGACUUCUUCGUGCCUCCCACUACCCAGCUGCGCGUGGACAUUUUCUCUAGACAUGUCAGUCGCCAUCGGCAGAACUGUCGCCGUGCCUUCGCUGUACAUUCUCGCCGUGCUGGCCGGUUUGACCAGGGGACCGUGUGGCGUCUCGCUGUUGCAUUGGGUUGUUCUUUAUAAGCUUUACCUUUUCCCCCCUAUUGGCAUCUUCCAUGCCUACCCAGCCUGGCUGCCACUUGAAAAUCGUUGAUCCCAAUGGCUGACGCGAUCAGCGCCGCCGGUUCUUGCCUGCAGCCCCUCUGCGAAUGCUUGGAUGGCACAGGCAUGCUGGACGCGGCGGCCCGGGAGGUCGCCUCGUUCCUUCACCUCAAAUCCAACUGGGCCGAUCUCGACAAGGCCAAGAAGCUACUGCUUGCUGUCGAGACGACAGUGAGGGCGCGAGUCACCGCAGAGGUGGACAAGCUGAACAUCUGUGACCCUCAGGUGCAGGUCUGGCUGAGGCGUAUCGAAGAGCUACAACUGGAUGCCAUCGACGAGGACUACAGCCAGUUGAGGAAGUAUUCUUGCCUCGGCCAGUGCACCAUCCAUGCUCACCGGCGUGCCUCGAUCGGCAGGCAUGUUCUUGAGGCUCUAGAUGAGGCAAAUAAACUUAUUGAAGAAGGGAGGCGGUUCAAGAAAUUUGGAUUCAAGCCCCUUCCCAAGAUUGUUGAUCCAUUGCCUCAAAUCGAGACGUUUGGUUUGGAGACCAUGCUGAGUCAGCUCCAUGAUCUGUUUGAGAAGGGCGACUCGAAUAUAAUUGGUGUGUGGGGUCAAGGAGGUGUUGGCAAGACGACGCUUCUACAUGUUUUCAACAAUGAUCUUGAAAAGAAGGCCCAUGACUAUCAGGUUGUUAUCUUUAUUGAAGUAUCCAAUUCAGAGACGCUGAACAUAGUGGAGAUACAACAGACUAUCUCCGAAAGGCUCAACUUGCCAUGGAAUGAUGCAGAGCCAAUUGCCAAACGGGCCAGAUUCUUGAUAAAGGCACUUGCUAGGAAAAGAUUUGUAAUCCUGCUUGAUGAUGUAAGGAAGAAAUUCCGACUGGAGGAUGUUGGUAUCCCAACUCCAGAUACCAAAAGUCAGAGCAAGCUGAUCCUCACAUCACGUUACCAAGAAGUAUGCUUCCAGAUGAAUGCACAAAGAAGCUUGAUUAAGAUGCAGAUUUUGGGUAACGAUGCUUCAUGGGAACUGUUCUUGAGCAAGCUUAGCAAGGAGGCUAGUGCAGCAGUUGAAUCGCUUGGUUCCCAGAAUACUUCUAGAGAGCAUGCUAUGGCAAUAGCCCGAAGUUGUGGAGGACUGCCACUUGCACUCAAUGUCAUUGGGACCGCUGUGGCAGGCUUGGAAGAGGGUGAGUGGAAAUCAGCUGUGGAUGCAAUUGAUACUAAUAUGGAGAAUAUUGAUGGUGUGGAUGAAAUGUUUGGUCGGUUGAAAUACAGCUACGACAGGCUCACAACCACUCAACAACAGUGUUUCUUAUACUGCACUCUUUUCCCAGAAUAUGGAUCUAUCAGUAAAGAGCAACUUGUUGAUUAUUGGUUAGCUGAAGGUUUGCUAUUACAUGAUCGUGAGAAUGGUUAUCUGAUAUUCCGCAGUCUCGUUUCAGCCUGCUUGUUGCAGGCCAGUGGCUCAAUGUCUUCAAAGGUAAAAAUGCACCAUGUAAUCAGGCAACUGGGUCUUUGGUUGGUCAACAAGUCAGAUACAAAGUUUCUUGUUCAACCAGGGAUGGCCUUGGAUAAUGCUCCAUCAGCUGGAGAAUGGAAUGAAGCUACAAGGAUCUCCAUCAUGUCUAAUAACAUCACCGAGCUUUCUUUCUCACCAAAGUGCAAAAAUGUUACCACUCUGUUGAUGCAGAACAACCCAAAUUUGAACAAGAUGAGCUAUGGAUUUUUCAGAACUAUGUCAUCCUUGAAAGUUCUGGAUCUUUCUCAUACUGCAAUAACAUCACUUCCAGAAUGUGAUGCAUUGGUUGCAUUGGAGCAUCUGAAUUUGUCUCACACACACAUUAUGAGAUUACCUGAGCGCCUAUGGUUACUGAAAGAGUUGAGGCAUUUGGAUCUGAGUGUGACUGUUGCACUUGAAGAUACCAUGAACAACUGCUCAAAGUUGCACAAGUUGAAAGUGCUCAAUCUCUUCCGCAGCCACUAUGGUAUCCGUGAUGUUGACAACCUGAAUUUGGAUUCUCUGAAGGAACUACUGUUCCUUGGAAUCACUAUUUAUGCAGAGGAUGUGCUAAAGAAAUUGAACAUGCCUCGUCCUUUGGCGAAGUCAACACAUCGCUUAAACUUGAAGUAUUGUGCAGAUAUGCAAUCAAUCAAAAUCUCUGACCUCAGCCACAUGGAGCACCUUGAGGAGCUGUAUGUUGAAUCAUGCUAUGACCUGAACACAGUGGUUGCUGAUGCUGAGCUUACAACUUCACAGUUGCAGUUCCUGACCCUGUCAGUUCUUCCCUCGUUGGAAAGUGUCCUUGUUGCACCAAUGUCCCAUAAUUUUCAGUACAUUCGCAAAUUGAUCAUUUCACACUGCCCCAAGCUGUUGAACAUAACAUGGGUCCGAGGACUUCAGCUUCUUGAGAGGCUUGUCAUAUCUCAUUGUGAUGGGGUGCUCGAAAUUGUUGAAGAUGAGGAGCAGUGUGGAGAACAAAUGAAAAUGCAGGAUCAUGCUUCAGAUGAACAAGAAGAUCAUGCUAUGAUAGAAACUUCACGGAAUGACACAGGGCAGAGUGACUUCCCAAAGUUGAGAUUGAUCGUAUUGACGGGACUUAAGAAGCUGAGAAGUAUUUGUAAAGCAAGAGAAUUCCCAUGCCUUGAGACCCUUCGGGUGGAGGAUUGCCCAAAUCUGAGGAGCAUCCCGCUAAGCUGCACGCAUAACUAUGGGAAACUGAAGCAGAUAUGUGGUUCAGUUGAAUGGUGGGAGAAACUGCAGUGGGAAAAUAAGGAGGAGGUGGCAUGUCUGAACAGCAAGUACUUCAUUCCAAUCUGACAGAGCCCCAAUUUCAAUGGCUUUUGUAUGGCAUGCAGGCAAUGUUCAUCCUUGUGCUGUGCUGGCAGCAAAGGAUUACAAGUCUGCCAAGUGCCACAUUUCGGAAGUUCUAUUCUAUGAGGUAGAACUCAAUCUCUCAUGGUAGCAACUUGAUGACCUGUACAAGCAUAGCAGCUAGUGUGUUUAAUGCAUGCUUCCCAUGUAAACUGCAUGGCAAAAUCAACCAAGUUGGAAAUACCACCAGUCCACCCUCCUUGCUGAAGAUCAAAUACUUGCUGACAGAUAUAAAUGCGUUUUCCUGGAAAUAU